AUGCUGAAUGAUGGUCUGUUUGAUUUGGAAAACUCUAGGAAAAAGAAGAAGGUUAUUGACAUCCCAUUCGUUAUUGUCAUGGACGCAAUUUCAGUCUCAGCGUCGACUCAUUUGGGAUACAAUGCAACUGGAGGGUUUAAUCUUGCAGAGAAUUCUCUAGAAAUGAAAUCAAAAGAAAAUGUACAUCCAAUUUACAUUUAUCCUAAAGUAAGAUCUCAUGCACCAUCAAACAAACCGAUAAAGAAACAAAACAACUCCGAAUAUUCUGACGACAAUUUUAAUCCUGGGGAAUUUUUCAAUACUGAAGAUGGAGACGAAAAUGUUAACGAGGAUGAGUUCGAUGUAACGGCAUGUGGUGUUUUUCAGCCUCUUGUUGAUGAAUUUACUUCAUUGUCUAAAUUUGGCUUUAAAGUUUACGACGCUUUUAACAAGGAGGAAAUUACAGUGCGAGUUCAUUGGCUUUAUACAAUUGGAGACAUGGCCGCUGUUUCUGAGUUGCUAGGUGGAAGCUAUUAUGAGUCUGAAGUUUUACCAUAUUUUAAUAAAAAACUGGAAAAGUACCCGACACUUUGA